GACCAUAAUUCCUUACGCUUUGGAAAAGAAAAAUGGAAGAUAUCAUUCUUAAGGAUCGAACAGAUAUAGUUAAUAUAUCCUCAUCUGUUGCGCCAAAUGAAGAGUACCGCCCUAGCUCGAAUUCAAACUAUGCGAUAAAGAAACAAACAAGGAACAAAAGUUCAGCAGAUACAGAAUAUUUUUCGGACGCUGAAACAUCAAAGCAAGAACUUAGCGAAUCGGAUGUUCCUUUUAUCUAUAUGAAUGAAAACUUCAGCACGGCAAGAGAUACAAAUACCAGCAGUACUAUCUUGACUGAAAAGAAAUGUAGAACAGACAGUUUCGGAGGGAACGAAAAGGACUUGCUCAGUGAAAUUCAACGCUUAAAAGAGGCGAACGAGCGUCUUCAGAUGACAUUAUUACAGAUGGCUAUUUCAGACACAGUUUCUGAAAAGGAGCAAGAAGAGAUGCAAAUCAUUCGAAAGGAGCUAAUUCGUGAAGUAAUGGGAAGCAACAAAUCACGCAUACUUCAGAUGGAAGCUGAAAAUAAAGAUUUAAAACAGUCAAUUCGAGACAUGCAGGAGUAUAUAACAAAAUUAGUAGACCGCUGUUUACAGAACAAGUUUGCUCAGCAAAUCCUUUCUAUAGAUGAAGCAUGAAUUAAGAAUCAUAACCUAUAUCCCGUCUCCAAUAUGCCAAGAAUAUAAGUGAUAGAGUUAGACGUUGAGUAACUCUAUCGGUGGUGUUGAUAUUUUCCCGGAACAUAAAUAAACAACUGAGUUCUCCUUUUCAAAUACA